UGUCAGGAUGACAUUCAAGUGUGCUCUCGCGAGAUUUGUAAGGAAGUCUUAACUUUUCCACGUUUCAAGUGAUUAUUUUAACCAAAACCACGAUCUUUCCCUAACCCUAACCAAGUGUUUUUUGUGCCUAGACCUAAGGAGACCUUAAUCACGAGUUAACACACCAUAAAACAGCGAGACAAGAAUAUUUAAGCGGCUCGCGAGAGUUUCGCAAAUUACAUGUAACGUCUACUUGUUAUGUGCACCUUUGUUAUGUCGCCGACUCGAAACGCAUUCAUGCUAUGAGUUUGGAUUUAACACGCCACCGGCAUCUUUGGUUUGAGUUUAAAGUCUUACAGUUGUUGAAAUGUCGGACGCUUUAUUGCAGUGGUGUGUGGACCAGUUACACCACAAGUUUGGACUGGAGGCAUGUGAAGACAUCGUCCAAUACAUUCUAUCCAUCGAAAAAGCUGAAGAGAUCGAGGAGUAUGUGGGAGACCUCCUUCAGGGCACAGAUGGGAGAAAAAGGCACUUUAUAGAUGAGCUCCUCACCAGGUGGAAGAAGACUCAACGACAGGCCACAGAUAACGCUGGUCUUUUUCUUCUCAAAGAAUCAGUGUCACCAAUAGAUUCACAAGAUAUGACCAAAGAUUCCCAGAAGAAGUCUAAACGCAAAGGCCGGAAUAAGCAGGAGGUGAUUACUGUAAGCCAAACAGAACCAGAGCCAGAGACAGUCAAAACGCCCAUUGAUCUCAUGAGGGCUCAAGAAAGCAGUAGUACUUCUUCAACAAAGAAGAAAAGUAAGUUUGUCAAUCUCUAUGCAAAAGAGGGACAGGACAGGCUGGCUAUCGUACUCCCUGGUCGACAUGGCUGUGACUGCCUUGCCCAAAAGCACAAACUCAUCAACAACUGCAUCAGCUGUGGUCGCAUUGUGUGCGAGCAAGAGGGCUCCGGACCAUGCCUCUUCUGUGGAAACCUGGUCUGCACCAGAGAGGAGCAGGAGAUCCUGCAACGAGACUCCAACAAAAGCCAGAAACUAAGAAAGAAGCUUAUGGGAGACUGUGGAGAAAGGGAUUAUCUGCCACAUCAAGAGGCCAGGAUGAAGGCUGGUUUGGACAAGGCUGUCCAACACAAAGAAAAACUGUUGGAAUAUGACAGAAAUAGUGUCAGGAGAACACAGGUUCUGGAUGAUGAGUCAGACUACUUUGCCACUGAAUCCAAUCAGUGGCUGUCACCCGCUGAGCGAGAUAAGCUAAGGAAAAAGGAAGAGGAGCUAAGAGAACUUCGCCAUGCAUCUCGCAAAGACAGGAAGAUCACAUUAGACUUUGCUGGUAGACAAGUGAUUGAUGAGGGAAACAACCUCAACGAGUACUACAACAAGUUGGAUGAGACCCUCAAGGCUAUGAACACUGACACUACGUCAAAAUCACCGAUGUAUUCUGAAAGACAAGGUGGAAGGCAGACCCUUGGAGAGCUAGUCAACCCCAACAUCAUGCAGAGUGCACCAGAAUGGGUGAAUGUGGGAGGCAGUGAAAACCAUAAAAGAAACGUGGAGAAGGGACAGAGUUUGGCAAAGGACAAAGGAGCAGAAGAGCGUUCAAGGUUGCGGCUCCAAGACAAAGAGCUGCAAGAGAUGUCUGAUGGGGGUUGGUGCCUCAGCAUGCACCAGCCAUGGGCCUCACUACUGGUCAAAGGCAUCAAGAGAGUAGAGGGGCGGACCUGGUACACAUCCCACAGAGGUCGUCUUUGGAUUGCUGCUGCAGCCAAGAAGCCCACCCCUCAGGAGAUUGCUGAAGUGGAGACCAUGUACCGCCACAUCUACAGGAAAGAGCCCAGGUUUCCUAAAGACUACCCCACUGGCUGUCUGCUGGGCUGUGUCAACGUGACUGACUGCCUCUCCCAGGAGCAGUUCAGACAACAGUUCCCUGAUACCUGUGAGGAGUCCGCUUCCCCAUUCGUCUUCAUCUGCACCAGCCCCCAGGAACUGCUGGUGAAAUUCCCCAUGAAAGGGAAGCACAAGAUCUGGAAGCUGGAGAGUCACUACCACCAGGGUGCCAAGAAGGGGCUGGUCCCAUCAGCUGCAGAGUGACAUCAGAGGAAGAAAAACUGUCUGAUUGACCACAAGCUCAAGAGGACAUAGCAAAUCAUGUUUUUCUGUAAAAAUUGGCCGACCUCUCUACUGGGCUGUACUACUCUUUUAUCAAGAGUCAAUACUGACAUUUGAUCAGUAUCUGCUCUAUCUGUGUUUUUAAUCAAUGAUAUUUGCAUUUUACCUGAAUAUUGCUUGAAACUGUUCAACUAUUCCUUACCUGCAUAAUAUUAAGUAAUUUUGACAAAUAUCUAGACAGAAAUAAAACAUGUUUGCGUUUGCUUUUGCGCUUCUCUAAUUCCAAAUAAAAUUUGAUUUGUCUAAAUGAAAAUAAAAAAUGUAUGUUGUAAUCAGGAUGCCAUCUUUCAUUUCCUGAUUUCUCAAAGCAGAAAAUAUAAACUUGAAAUUACUAGAAACAUUUUAUGCAACAGCAAACGAAGCAAAUAUAUGAGCUUUGUUUCUAAUCAAAAACCUACUGAAAACAAGAGAGUUGCUGACCCUCUCCCCUCCCCAUCAGAGGCAGGCCUAUCAUUACCCUUCUUACAGCUAAGGUCACAUUUAAACCAGCAAUAGUACUGGGGUAAAAAAACACAGCAUUCUCAUUAAAUUCAAUGAGACAAUUGCAUUGCCGCAGCAGGAGUGAUGACAUAGAGGGCUUUGGCAAAAAAAAUAAAUGCAGGGUCAUCCAGCGAAAGAAGUUGAACCUGGCUCAAAUUUUCCCACAGUGCAGUCCAACAUCCAAUCAAAUACAAUCAAGUGCACAUUCCACGUACAAUAGCUUGUGUUGUGUAAAAUGUAGAACUGUGAUAAUUCUGUUGUUCAACUCACACACAUUGAGAGAGAGGAGAAAAUUCCUGCUGUCGUGAUAACUUUCCCUCAAAGAGGAAUAAACCUCCUUUUAAGCCUUCA